AUCAUCUUUUCUUAAAAGUUGGUUGCAAUCAUAGAUAUCAUAUAUAUAAGGGGGCGAAAUCGUUCUAUUGGAAUAAAGAGUUUGUUUAAAUGUUUUUUUUUUAAUUUGCAUAAAAACGAACUGCAACAUUGAAAAUAUAUCUGAACAGUAUUAUUUGCAUAACCAAGGUGGACCUAGUGUAUAGUUCGGAACUAUUAGCACUUAGCAGAGAAGCCGUUGCAAUCGGUGUCGACAAAAAGCAAACAACAACGAACCAGAAAUAUAAGAUUCAAGGACACAAGAGCCUGAAUAGGUUUCUUUAAAAAUAUUUCUGCUAUUUGUUAAAUGUUGCAGGAAUGAAUCCUGUUCAGAUUGCAGAAAGUAUUCUUGAUAACUAUCCAUGCAGGACAGAAGAUGAGACUUCAUUGGCAUCUGCUUUCACAGGUGUUGUAUUCAUUUCACCAACAGAGGAAUCAGGUGUAUUACUUCUAUACAAAGGACUGAACAAGUUUGGAAAUCAUACAGAUUUUCCCCAAACUGGUACUAAUGGUUUGAAGAUUAUUUGUUUGCCCAAACAGUACAAACCUGAUGGUGAUUGUGAAAUUACGAAGGAAAUUAUUGGUAUAUCAAUUCGCAAAUGUUCACCUACAAAAUCUGGAUCUACAGACAUAUGGAGAGGCAAAGAACUAGAAUAUCUACAAGUCCAAGAAGGCUGGGAACUUAGGAUUUUGAAAAACACUUUUUCUCCUUCUACAAAAUUAAAAUCUGGAUUCUGUUACACCUUAGAAACAAUCAGCUAUGAAUUAAUAGUAUAUGGCCAUGAGAAAGAUAGCACUGCAAAAAUAAAUGCCCAAAAAGAUGAAAUGAACAAGAUGAAUUAUUCAUUUAAGCAUAUUUAUAAGAAAGGGACAUCAAACAUAAAUAAAAUUAAUCUUGAAAAUUUUGAUGAUUCUAAGUCUAAUGAAUACUCUACACAAAUAUAUAGUUACCUUCAACUGUGCCUAAAUACUCUCAUUGAUUUAAAAUUAAAUCCCCCAAACAGUGCAAUUGUACCCACUGCAAGGGUAAAAUGUACCGAUAUGCAUUCUUUACAAGAAUUGUCUCAAUUAUUGGGUGCUGCCUUUGAAGUGAUUGAAAAUAUUAUAAAACUCUUACAGAAGUUCAUGCCAAACCUCACAGAACUUCACCAAUAUUAUGAUGAAAAGAUAAAGUAUUUGGAAUCAAUUCGAUCCAUAUCAAAGAAUCCUGAAUCAGACGAAAAAGAGUCAGAAGGUUUAAAAGGAAUUAGAAAACUGCAAAAUGGUCUUGAAUGCCAUGUUGGGAAAUUGCUGGAACUAGUCAGAGAUGCUGCAGAUAAAGUGUGGUCCGGUCCAAUAUUCAAUAAAUCUGACGGCGAAAACUACAAAGAUUCUUAUGAGAAGAAACUUAGAGAUCUGAUUAUCCAACUUGUGCAGAUUCUUCUGGAAGUUAGGAUAAAAUCUGAUAGGAGUGGCGAUAUAAUUUCCAAGUUUAUCGAAGAUAUAUUUCGUGAUAAACGAUAUGCUGGUAUUCCUCCUGAAGGAAGGCAUUUUUAUCCUUUAUAUAAAGAACUGCAAAAACUAUGUUGGGUAAUGGGUGAACUAGUCGACACACAGGAAACAACAACAACAGAAAGUGAAACAAAACUUGAUAAGUUGUUUCAACAAUACAAGGAGGAAAAUAUGGGAGGUGAUUGGUUUGGAAACCUCAUCAGCUUGGCGAAACAAUUACUGGAUCAAUGGAAACAAUUUGUUGAAAAAAAAGAACGUGACCCUUUAAAUGUAGAUUGCGAAAAAUUGAAGAAAAAAAUGAAUCUAAAAGAUGAUGAAACUGCUAAAAAACUCGUAAAAAGGUGGUUUAAAGAAGGAGAAGGACCAUUAUCUAUUAUGAAAGUUGAAAGGUUGACUACAACUGCUUCGGUACGUUACUACUGCUGGAGUGGAACAUUGGAUUACGAAGGUCUCUUUUAUACACAUAAUGACACUCACAUUCCAUUGACAAUGCAUGGGAGAGGAAUGGUACAUGAGGACAAGUAGAAAUGCAAAAUGUAGUUACUCUUUCUGUGUAUUAUAUAUCUUAGCUUGAAUUUAUGCACUUGAUUUGUGUCAUGCUGUGUUUUAAAAUCAUGCUGUGCCUCUGCUUUGACAUAUUUAUAUCUUUUAAUGAAUUAUAGCUGUGCACUUUUAUAUCAAGUCACAUACUUUUACUACAAGUAAUAUGCAAAUGUUCACAGCACAGUGUAGACUCUGUAGAGCAUAGUGAAUGUAUUUACAAAAGUGUAAUUUUUGCCUCAAUAUUUUAAAAAGUUUCAUGCAUUUUGAAAAUUACUUCAUAAGUAGUUCCAAUAUUUUAUACUUUAUGUGCUUUGGUCCUAUGUAUUCAAACAAAAUUCUUUUUUACUUUAACUUACAAGUGAUUCAAAGCUUUUUUUAUCAAAUGUUUUUACCUUUUUAUUUUUCAUGUUUUUAAAAAACUUGUUCUUUCAUAAAAUUGACCUAAACAUUUUUUACAAAACAUUCUCAGUGUCGUGUGGUUAAUAGCCUAUUACUCAUAGAACAUUACACAAAUAUAUAGUUAUCUAAGUAAAACAAACUUAAAUGUUAUAAAACAAAAAGUGUUUCCGACUCGUGGGGCGUGACCCAAAGUGGGGUUGCCGGAUGAGUUGUUUUCUUCAGCAUUUUAGAAACGAGUGAAAAUAUUUUUAUGGGAAAUUCCAUGCAUUGCGCGACGGUCAAUUUUUUUUACUACAGCGGUUGAAUUUGCAGUUUUUAAACUCAUUUUUUUCAAAAGAUGUUUCGCAUUUUGAAACUAUAUUGGUAGCUUUAGAACACAUUUGAGCAUAUCUAUCAAUAAACAUUAAACAAAUUUUGAUUUUUCGUUGUUAUGCCCCUUAAAAAAUGAGUUGGGAACCACUGGUGUAGAGCAUAGUGAAUGUAUUUACAAAAGUGUAAUUUUUGCUUUAUUAUUUUUAAAAGUUACCAUGCAUAUGGACAAUUACUUUGUAAGCAGGUCCAAUAUUUUAUACUUUAUGUGCUAUGCCUAUGUAUUCACACAAAAUUUUGUUUUACUGUAACUUACAAGGGAUUUUAUGCUGUCCAAAGUUAUUCAAUGUUUUUACCAUUAUGCAUUUCCCUUUUAAUUCUUCAUGUUUUUAAAAAAACGUUUUCUUUUUUAUAAAAUUUACCUAAACAUUUAUAUUGCCAUGGGGUUACCUGUGUUUGAUUGCAAUACUGGCCUGUUACUGAUUGAACACAACUAUUCAUACAAAUGUAUGGUUAUCUAAAUAGAACUAUGUUAAACGUUAUGGAAAAA